CGGGGGAAGACAGAGCGCGGGCGGAGAGCAGUGCUGAAAAGGCAGAACCUCAGGAAGAGAGGGCCUCUGCCCCCUCUGCUCCUCGUGCUAGGAGGAUACUGGUCGCCUCUGAUAAAAUCCUGAGGGACGCUGGGCACCCUGAGUCACCAUGGGCAAUGAGAACAGCACUUCGGACAACCAGCAAGAGGACUCCGGCUUGCGUAACAUCAUCCUGUGGCCACCGAACCCUGAACUCCCGCAGGAAACGAGCCGCUGCACCCCGAAGGGUGACUGCCAGAGGCCUUCGUCUGCUCAGAGUCCAAGAUCCGUGCAGCCACCUGGGAACAGUCCAAACAUAAAGGGGAAGCCAGAGGAGAAGCCCAGAAGCACUGAGCGUGGGGCCUUGCCCAGCGUCGGGCAUGGAGGCUCCUGCUCUGCUUCUGAGGGUGCUGCCAGCCUGGACCCGUGCAUUGUGUCCCCAGAGGUGACUGAGCCGAAGAAGCGCCCACAGGACGCCAGGGGCCCAGAAGGUUCUCCACUGCCCAGCCCACCCACGCCCAGGGAGCAGGAGCGCCCCUCGGCUGCUAUGCCCUUUGCCGAGGGCCCCCCAGAAGUUUGCUUGGCAAGCCCAGCAGCGGCAACCGAAGAUUGGCCUCUUGGUCAACAUCCUGGGAGGGAACCUUCCCCAAAUACCCCAGGGGACACCCUGGCAGCGUUUGUCACUGAGGUGGACAGCCUUACUCAGCGCAGUGCAGUUGCCAUUGUCCCCAGUGCCGGGAGAGAGAAAGAGCUGAAGGAGGAGGGACAUAUAGUAUCUUCCUCCAGGUGCAUUGACCAGUUGCCAGGAAUUUCACCAUCACCUCCUACAGAGCCAAUGAAGGGAGAGCCAUGUGGAGAGGAUGGCCGGCCUGGUGGUUUCAAGUCCCAAGGGAAAGAGGCUGCAGGUGGUUUUUCCCACACAGAGUCAGGGCAGGGGGUGGCUUCUGUACAAGUGGCCCCCACAGCCCCUACUGCAGCACAGUUAGACAAGGAGAGCUCAGCUGGUCUGGAGGAGUGCCUCCCAAAUCCGGAGACCCUGACCCCAAAAGACCCGGCCCCCAGAGUCUCAGACAGAGAGAAGCGCCAAGUGGAGGUGGCACCUCAGGAUUCAGUGGAUGGCCUGGGAUUCCUUGGGGUCUGCCAGCCCAUGCAGAGCAGAGAUUCAGGGGCUGCCCAAGAAGCCGAAGCUAGUGCUGCUUCCUGGGAAAGCUGCCAGCAACAAAUGGGAGCACAUCUGCCACAUGCAGAGCUGCCCUGGGAUUCUCUGAGUCCUGCCCUGGCACCAGGGGCUAGGGGCUCUGGGAAGGAGAACAUGGAUGCUGGUGAAGCUCAGGGUCACUCGCAGACAGGGACGCCAGGAACCGAGCCCAGUAAAGCUGUCUGUGCAGCAGCAGGCGACCAACCUGAAGAGGGGUUAGUUGUGAGCACCGAGCCUUCCCCCCAUGUGCCUAUGGAGGAAGCGCAUCCAGCUUCAAGCCUCACUUCACCGCCAGCUGCUCAGGCCUCUGUUGCUGUGGAGGAACCCAGCUGGUUGACCAGGGAGAUGAGUUCCGGGGCUGAGAUGCCAGUUCUUACAGAUCCAGCCAAAGAGCUGGCAGAUGAAGGGUUGGGGGGACAGGAGAAGCGCAUGUCAGAUCUCGGAGGUGAGGGAGAGGGUGCAGAAGGGAGCCCCAGAGAGCUUCCUGUGUCUUUGUCCCAGGAGGAGAGGGGAGAGCUCUCAACUGAGGAGCAAGGCCAUGAAGUCCAACAAGGGCUGCUGCCCACUCCCCCUCCCAGUGCAUCAGAUGAAAGUGCCAGAAAGUCACUGGAGCCAAAGGAGGAAGCCCGGGCCCCGGAAAGCCCAGCUGUGGCUAAGGAGGAAAGCAGCGUGCCUGGGGCCGACCUUAGAGGACAGGAAGGAGCCCCAGAGCCAUGUGACAAUGCAUAUCCUGGGAACCUGUGGGAAGAGCAACCCCAGGCCUUUGGCUGCAAGCCUAACCCAGAGAUGGAGAAAGACGAGGUUUCAAAGCUAACCAGUGAUGUGGAGAGCAAAGUCCCUCCCAGCACGGACUCGGUACAGCCACUCAGAAAGGACGGUCCCGGGUAUGCGGACAGGCCUGGCUCUCCAUCAGAAGACGCAGCUUGGAGCUCAGUGGCCUGUGGGAUGAUGGGAGAAGCCUGUGUGGUCCAUGCAUCUGGCUCACUGCACAAGCCCGGUGAGCAGGAUCCUGCCCUGCCCCCUGAUCUGGAUGGAGCCAGUGAACACAUUCUUCCCGAAGGAGGCGUCUGGGAGGGGCCAGGAUUGCAGACCAAAUGUCCUGACACGCUUCAGGAUGUGGGGGGUUUGGGAAGAAUGGACUCUGUUCCUGUUUUAGAAUCUGAGAAGUCGGAUUUCCUGUCAACUCCUGCUGCAGAGGUGGUCCCCGAAGCCCAGGAAGUGGUGAGCACAUCUGAAAUAAAGACGAGGAGCCGCCCAGCCACACCGAAGCCCGGCAGCUGUGAUGGAGAGAGCUUGUUGACGUCCCUGGACCAGUCUUGUGGGCUGGGGCGUGAUGCACCUGGACAGGAAGACCAUGCUGAUGGGCCACAUCCCCCCGAGGAGAACUUCGCAGUGGACUGCGGGCUCACGACGCUCAGCCUGGAGCAAGACAGGGAGGGAAACCCGUCCUGCCCCGGGGACAGCUGGACACAAGUAGCUGCAUCCGAGGGGCCCUCACUGUCUUCUGAGAACUGUCUGCAGCCAUCCCAAUUGGACCCAGAAGCAUCUGCCUUUGAUGUGCUCAGGGAGAAAGCCCAAGCGUGUGAAAAUGGGAAAGAGACUUCUCCAGGUGAUCCAGGUUUUCAGAGCCCGGGUGCAGACUCUCCCCAAAUCCAUGUGCCUGUGGAACCUCAGGAGGCUGUGAGUUUCUCCACUCAUGGAGGAAAGGAACCAGCUUCCAGAUCAGAACUUCAAAGUGAGCUCCUCAAAGGCAGUAUGCCUAAUGCUCCAAGUUCAGCUCCCAAGGACCCAGUUCCGGAGAGUCCGGCGACAGGGCAGUCGGAGUUGUCAGCACCAAUAGGACCAGAGAUACCUGCACUAGGGGAGAAUGGGCAAGAGGGAGCAGGCAGUGGCAGUCUGCUCUCCAGGGUCUCAUCUCCUGCAGCAGACACCUUAAAAGACUCUUCUCUUGCAGGUAGCUUGAGCAGAAAGGAAAGUUGCUGUGCUGGGCAGGGGCCGAACGAGUCCCAACAGGAGCUGGUUGAUAUGAUGGAAGCCAGCAGCCAGCAUGAAGAAGCUUGUCGCAGGGACACAGGCAUUUCUGAAGCAGCUGACUCUUGGCCCCUGCUCCAGGGCUUGGGAAAGACUGAGAAGGCAAGUAGGAACACAGUGGGGACCCCGCCUUGUCCGCCUGACUCAGUAGCUUUCCCGGAUGCAGCUCACUGCCCACCAGCCCCAGUGUUCCCCUGUCCAAGAGUCACACCCGCCCAGGAUGCCCCAGAGAGAGAAGCAUGUGAUGCAACCCAGGAAGGCAGGCAGCAACCAGUGCCGGCCCCGCAGAAGGAAAUGGAGCAUCCCACCGCCUCAGAUGCGAAGGCGCAAAAGCUUCUUGGAAGUUUCCCAUCAGCUGAGGAGCAGGGUGUGGAAGGUGAGGCUGCUAAGACUGGUAAGAACGACAAUGAAGGAGAUCCGGGGAUGCAGCGGGCUCUGGAGGAGCCAGGAGGAGCUGCUCUGAGUGGUGGCUUCCUUCAGACUGAGCAGUGCCCCUCCUCUGGGAAGGAAUCUUCUACCGCUGCCCUAGGUGAGCCCAGCCAAGAUGAGCAGCCCUCGGCCAGCUGCCAGGAUGCUUUACUGCCAGCCGGAGAGCUGGGUGGGAUUCCCAGCGCCACAGUGGACAUUUCUGCACCCCAGGUCAUCCUCGACCCGAAGAGGCUCCUGCCAUCUGGGCCACCAGAAGAAGCUGCUCCUGACACUCCUUACCUGCAUAUCGAUGGUGCUGCUAGGAAAGGGCCAGAAGACAGUGGGGUGAAAGCUGUUUCCUCUCAAGACCCCAGGGCUCCUGGUGAAAGCCCUUGUCCCACAGGGGAGCCCCUGCUCGCCUUGGAAAAUGUCGCCUCCCUGAAGCUGUCUGCUGGCUCCCUUUCCUCCCUCUCACAACCAGGAGCUGCAGGUGGGGAAACCUCUGUGGUGCAAGCCAGCAGCGGAAGUCCCAAAGCUGGAAACGUUGAGGGACCUGUGGACUCUGUGCCCUACCUGGAGAGGAUGCCGCUUCUGGCCAAGGGUAAGCAGACAACGGGAGAGGAGAAAGCAGCAAGUGAUCCCGGUGCGGGUGCCAGGCCCAGUGAGAUUCCAGCGUGCCCUGCCAGUGGGGAAGGCAUGGCAGGCGAUGCAGCAGGGGAGACAGAGAACAGCAGGGAGAGGAUGGUAGAACCUUCCGAAGAUCCGAGGAGGGGUGUGUCAGUUGGUGUAGACUCAAGCUGCAGGCAGACCAGCAUGAUCGCUGGGUUCUCUGACUUCAGGCAGCACAUCACCAAGAUCUUUGAGAAGUCUGUGCUGGGAACCCUGACCGCUGAUCGGCCCCAGAGCACACCAGGAGGAAAGGCAGGAGCUGGGAGGAGCGUGGCGGGCAAGGACCUCGCUGUGCCGUUGAGCCCGGAGAAGCUUCCAGAUGGGAUUCAAGCAACGGCUGUUGCUCCUCUCCCCACCCCUCCUGCUGGACUCCGGGUGGACUCAAAGGAGAAGAAGCAAGAGUUGGCUGUAGAGGCUGAGAUUUCCCAUCUGGUUCCCCAGGGUCCAGCUCCAGAAAAGCUGCCAGGGCAGGGGGUGCUGGCUGCGGAGCAGAACCUGCCAGGUGCCAGGGUGGGGGUGGCCAUGACUGGUGUCCCACAGGUGCAGAAGGAAAGCGAGAAACCAGAGGGGGCUGGGGAAGCUGGGCAGGGAGGCCAGGCCCACUCACAGCAGGGAAGCGGCCGGCAGGAAUCAGCUUUGGGUCCUUGCUCACAGGUAGUUUCUCAGGAGAUCCCUGAGGAGAAGGCUGCUGACUUGCAGGGGGCUCCCAAGAGCCAUGGAGAAGGGGACUCGGCUCAAGACAACAGAAUUCCUUCUGGAGAACAGCACCAGGAAACAUCCACCAGUGACAGUCAACCCAGAGAUGGUGCCGGGGGCUUUGCUCACACAGGGGCUGCGGGUGACAUGCCAGGGUCCACCUCUGCCCUGGGAGCAUCUGCUCCCCAUGGGGAUACUCCGACUGUGGCCCAGGCCAUCAGUGAGGCCUGGACCCCCAGCACACUGGGAGAUGAGAAGACGCAUGUUGGUGCUGCCUGGAUCUUGGAAACACAAAAUUCCCUGGGCAACCAGAGCACCCCUGAGCCACCCACUGGAGAAGUGGCGGACACUCCCCUGGAGCCCAGCUCAGUGGCAGGAGCUGCUGGGGAAGCAGAGGGUGACGUCACUUUGAGCACAGCUGAGACCGGAGCACGUGUGUCUGGUGACCUGCCUGAAACAGGUACUACCAGAGUGUUCUCUGGUGAAGCUCGUGCCUUGGGGCUGCCAGGGAGCCGUGGGGACCCAGGCUGCUCUGACGGGGCUCUGGGGAUGGAGGCUGCAGCCGCCCUGUGCGGGGACAGCCCAGCCGGGCACCAGCAGGCUGAGGAGCAGCCCGGGCCUGAGCUUCCCGAUCCUGCUGCAGAUGGGAGAGUGCGUGUCUCCUCACCUCCAGAACCUGACGAAACUCGGGACCUGAAGCUGCAAAACCUGGCUCCAGAAGCGCUCCAUGAUAAAAGGUCCUCGCCCAGACCGGGCCCAGGCUUAAUCCCUCCACUUACCCAGAAGUCAGCUCUCCCUGUCCUUAGCACCUGGACCACACCUGAAUCACAGGGAAGUAAGACAGAAAGUCCACCUGCAACAGAUGCCAUCAUCCAGCCAGCUGCCCUUGAGGACCUGGAAAUCCUACUCUUAGCUGCUGCUUCCCGCCACGGUGAUAUCAUCGGCCAGGUCUCCCCGGAUCUGACAGCCCCGAGCACCUCCCCAGCUGCUGCCCCGGCCUCAGAACAUGCAUCUUUGCCAUCUGCCCCAGCCAGUGAUGGAGUAGAAGCUUCCUCUCCUGCCUGCCAGGGCCUGGCCAAGGACUUAAGCAGGAGUUCUGACUCUGAAGAAGCAUUCGAGACCCCGGAGUCAACGACCCCUGUGAAAGCUCCACCAGCUCCACCCCCGCCACCCCCCGAAGUCAUUGCAGAAUCUGAAGUCAGCGCACAGCCUCCCCCGGAAGAACCAGGAUGUGGUUCUGAGACGGUCUCUGUCCCCAAUGGCCCCCGUAGCAGCUCGGUGGAAGGCAGCCCUUUCCGUCCUCCGUCACACUCCUUCUCUGCCGUCUUCGAUGAAGACAAGCCGAUAGCCAGCAGCGGGACUUACAACUUAGACUUUGACAGCAUCGAGCUGGUCGAUGAUUUUCAGGCCUUGGAGCCUCGCUGCUCAGACUCUAAGAAUCAGGAAUGCAAAGUGAACACGCGGAGGAAGUCCACGGAUUCGGUCCCCGUCUCUAAGUCCACGUUAUCCCGGUCUCUCAGCCUGCAAGCCAGUGACUUUGAUGGUGCUUCUUGCUCGGGCAGCGCCGAGGCCGUGGCCCCGGCCCCAGAUGCCUACAGCACGGGUUCCAGCAGUGCCUCCAGCACCCUUAAGCGAACUAAAAAACCGAGGCCACCUUCCCUAAAAAAGAAACAGAUCACUAAGAAACCCCCUGAAACCCCCCCAGUGAAAGAGACACAACAAGAGCCAGCUGAAGAAAGUCCCAUCCCCAUUGAGGAGAAUCCAGCGUCCGAGACAAAAACGGAAUCCACUGGGACGGAAGGUUCCAUACCAGCCUUACUGGAGGAGGCUCGUCUCAAACCAGCUGCUGCGUCUGAGGCCAGCUGCCCUCUGGACUCAGAGGGCGCAGAAGGGGCCGUCCCUCCAGCUCCUGGAAGUGGCAGAGUGCAGAACUCACCCCCCGUUGGAAGGAAAACAUUGCCUCUUGCCACGGCCCCAGAGGCAGUGGAGGUGACCCCAUCAGAUAGUGGGGGACAGGAGGACUCCCCAGCCAAAGGGCUCUCGGUGAGGCUGGAGUUUGACUAUUCUGAGGACAAGGGUAGUUGGGAGACCCAGCAGGAAAACCCCCCUCCUACCAAAAAGAUAGGCAAAAAGCCAGUUGCCAAAAUGCCCCUAAGGAGGCCAAAGAUGAAAAAAACACCCGAGAAACUCGACAACACUCCUGCCUCGCCUACCAGAUCCCCCGCUGAACCCAAUGACAUCCCUAUUGCUAAAGGUACCUACACCUUUGAUAUUGACAAGUGGGAUGACCCCAAUUUUAACCCUUUCUCUUCCACCUCAAAAAUGCAGGAGUCUCCCAAACUCCCCCAACAGUCAUACAACUUUGACCCAGACGCCUGUGAUGAGUCCACUGACCCCUUUAAGACGUCCUCUAAGACCCCCAGCUCACCUUCUAAAUCCCCAGCCUCCUUUGAGAUCCCAGCCAGUGCUAUCGAAGCCAAUGGAGUGGACGGGGAUGGGCUAAACAAGCCCGCCAAGAAGAAGAAGACGCCCCUAAAGACUGACACAUUUAGGGUGAAAAAGUCUCCAAAAAGGUCUCCUCUCUCUGAUCCACCUUCUCAGGACCCCACUCCAGCAGCUACACCAGAAACGCCGCCAGUGAUCUCCGCCGUGGUCCACGCAACUGAUGAGGAGAAGCUGGCGGUCACCAGCCAGAAGUGGACGUGCAUGACGGUGGAUCUGGAGGCUGACAAACAGGACUACCCACAGCCCUCCGACCUGUCCACCUUCGUAAACGAGACCAAAUUCAGUUCGCCCACGGAGGAGUUGGAUUACAGAAACUCCUAUGAAAUUGAAUAUAUGGAGAAAAUUGGCUCCUCCUUACCUCAGGACGAUGACGCCCCGAAGAAGCAAGCCUUGUACCUUAUGUUCGACACUUCUCAGGAGAGCCCGGUCAAGUCUCCUCCCGUCCGGAUGUCAGAGUCCCCGACGCCGUGUUCAGGGUCAAGUUUUGAGGAGACUGAAGCCCUUGUGAACGCUGGGGCAAAGAUCCAGCAUCCUGUGGCACGAGGGCUGGCCCCCAACCAAGACCCGCACUUGCAGGUGUCAGAGAAAUCUUCCCAGAAAGAGCUGGAGGCCAUGGCCUUGGGCACUGCUUCAGACACCAUUGAAAUUACAGCUCCUGAGGGCUCCUUUGCCUCUGCUGACGCCCUCCUCAGCAGGCUGGCUCAUCCAGCCUCUCUCUGUGGUGCGCUUGACUAUCUGGAGCCCGACUUAGCAGAAAAGAACCCCCCAGUAUUUGCUCAGAAACUUCAGGAGGAGCUAGAGUUCGCCAUCAUGCGGAUAGAAGCCCUGAAGCUGGCCAGGCAGAUUGCCCUGGCUGCCCGCAGCCGCCAGGACGUCAAGAGAGAGGCUGCUCACCCCACAGAUGUCUCCAUCUCCAAAACAGCCUUGUACUCCCGCAUCGGGACCACCGAGGUGGAGAAACCCGCAGGCCUUCUGUUCCAGCAGCCGGACCUGGACUCCGCACUCCAAAUUGCCCGAGCAGAGAUCAUAACCAAGGAGAGAGAGGUCUCAGAGUGGAAAGAUAAAUAUGAAGAAAGCAGACGGGAAGUGAUGGAAAUGAGGAAAAUAGUGGCCGAGUAUGAGAAGACCAUCGCCCAGAUGAUAGAGGAUGAACAGAGGGAGAAGUCAGUCUCCCACCAAACGGUCCAGCAGCUGGUCCUGGAGAAGGAGCAAGCCCUGGCUGACCUGAACUCCGUGGAGAAGUCUCUGGCCGAUCUCUUCAGGAGAUACGAGAAGAUGAAAGAGGUCCUGGAGGGCUUCCGCAAGAAUGAAGAGGUGCUGAAGAAGUGUGCACAGGAGUACCUGUCCCGAGUGAGGAAGGAGGAGCAGAGGUACCAGGCCCUGAAGGUGCAUGCGGAGGAGAAGCUGGACAGGGCCAACGCCGAGAUUGCCCAGGUCCGGGGUAAGGCCCAGCAGGAGCAGGCUGCCUACCAGGCCAGCCUGCGGAAGGAGCAGCUGCGAGUGGAUGCUCUGGAAAGAACACUGGAGCAGAAGAAUAAAGAGAUAGAAGAACUCACCAAGAUUUGUGAUGAACUGAUUGCCAAAAUGGGGAAAAGCUAACUUUGAACCAAACGUCUGGCCUUGACCGUUGCGUGCAAUAUGACCGUCAGCACACUGCUGUCCCCCGGUUACGCGGACAGGUUCUGUUUUCACUUUCCGUAUGCACUACUGUAUUUCCUUUCUAAAUAAAGUUGAUCUGAUUGUAUGCAGUACUAAGGAGACUAUCAGAAUUUCUUGCUAUUGGUUUGCAUUUUCCUAGUAUAAUUCAUAGCAAGUUGACCUCAGAGUUCCUGUAUCAGGGAGAUUGUCUGAUUCUCUAACAAAAGACACAUUGCUGACCUUGGCCUUGCCCUUGUCCCCGAGUUCCCAGGGUGAGCAGCUUUUGGAUUUCAUAUGAACAUGUACAGCUUGCACAGGGACUCUCGCCUUAAGGAGUGUAAACUUGAUCUGCAUUUACUGAUUUGUUAAAAAAAAAAAAAAAAGAAAAUGCAUGUUUCAAAUAAGAUUCUCUAUUGUAAAUAAAUUUUUUUCUUUGGAUCUUG